AUGACGGUUUCGGCACCUAAGGAUGUCGUCCACACCGUCAAUACGGUCACACAGAUCCUAUGUAUUCCCAUAGUCACGGCAUUCGUGGCCUUGCGGUUCUAUACUCGAAUUCGAUUUAAGCAAGGCUUGGGAGUUGAAGAUUAUGCUUGCACCGUGGCUUGGGCCUUAUUUAUGGGAUACUGCGGAAUCAGUCUCGUCAUUGGCAAACAUGGAGGAGGCUACAACUGGGACGAUGUCUCAGGCCCAGAUCAAGUCCUCUUCAAAAAGUUCUGCUACAUCGCUACUAUCCUUUACUGCCCGAUGGCCCUCUUCGUGAAAAUCGCUCUCUUAUCUAUCCUCACUCGAAUCUUCGCUCCCUACCGCGGAAAAGUAUGGUUCAUCUACAUCUUCCUCGGCUGCCUCUGCACAUACUACACCGUCGCCUUGAUCGUAAAGAUCCGCAUGUGUUACCCGAUUCCCCAGUACUGGCUCGGAGACAUCCCAGGCGCUACCUGUCUCGAUCAGACUGCAGCACUGAUCGCCGACUCCGUCAUCAGUGUCGUGAGCGAUAUUAUUAUUCUCGUUCUUCCUCUGCCAUUGACAUGGUCUUUACAAAUGUCUCGCAACCGCAAGCUUCGUGUGAUCGGACUUCUCAGUGCAGGUGGUUUGGCUACCGGAUUCAGUCUGUACAGACUUGUCUUGGUUCUAAAAGAAGGAAACUCUACGAACCAGACUAUCGUUUUCAUGGAUGUCAUUUUGUCUGGUAAUGCCGAGGGUGGCGUCGGUUUAAUCUGUGCCUGUCUGCCUGUUCUCAAUGUGCUUAUCGCCCACUACAGGAAGGAGUAUUCUUCCCAGAAAUACUACAACCAGAACUCGGAAGUCCCACUGGGAGACAGGAAGCCGACCAACAACUCCAAGGGCGGUGCAUGGGACAAAUCACCACACUUCGGUGAUCAGAGUCAUUUGAUUUCAUACGCUGGUGCCCCUGAGGAGACCGGUUCUGAAGUAUUCAAUGAAUACGGAAUUAAAAAGACUAUUGCUGUGGAGCAGACCGUUGAGAGUCGGAGCGUUGAUAGCGACAGCCACAGCCGAUGA